GUUUAUUAAAUUAUUAGAUAUACACUUGAAUUUUUAUGAUAUACAACUUAAAUGUAUUUCAUCAAUUCAUUUUAGUUUUUAUUACACUGGCAAUGUAUUGUUUUGUUAGUAAUGAUUUUUCAUACAGGGAACACUAAAGGUUUUUAAAAGGCGGGUAUUCGAUAAUUUGGGGGCAUUCUUCUCUUCGCAUUAAAGCAAUAGAGUGCAUUGCUCGCGUAAGCGUGGAUUUUGAUAUUAAUUGAAAAUUACAUUGUGUCAUUGUAUUGUGUAUUACAAAGUAAAGUGUUUGGAGAAAACUGUGGCUCCAGUGAAGAAAAUAAAGGUGUUUAAACUAAAGCGUGUUUUCUUACAAUUCAGAAGUGGUAAGUACCUUCGUAUAAGUUUAUUUAAUUUAUUAUCUAAGUCUCUUUGACCGGGACUUUGUUUCCGCCAAACCAUUCAAUUAAUGGUCGUCCAUGGCAUUAAGUUGACAUCAUAUCCAUGUCGGUCACCACCUUGGACAAUUUAUAUCUAUUUGCAAGUAUGUUUUUCUGAUAAAUUUUAGAAAUUUUAACAUAAUUAAUUUAGAUCCAAGUUUAAUGUUAUGCACACACAUAACGCUCACUGUGUAUUUAGAAUCUCAGGGGUAUGAUCAUUGUUCUUAUUAAAAUUUAGACUAAACAAUGGAAAUUAUCAAAGGUGCUUUCAAUUUUGUUAUUUAUUAAUAGGGUAGUGUGCAAUUUAAAAUUUGCCAAGGUAAAUAUGAAAUCAUGUUACCGUGACUUUGUAAAACGUGUUGUUAAUUUUAAUUUAAUUUCGUUUAUAGGCUAUUUGUGAUUUCAAAACUAAACAACCUGAUUUAAAAUUUAUUUAUUUGAACAAUUACAUAGUUCUUUUCGUUUCCGAGUUGUUUCAGAUACAAUGGAUAGAUCGCAGUCCCGCCGUUUGAAGACUCUAGAAUACGAGUCUCGAGAGCAGCGAUCGGAUGAUGCAACCAGGCGCAGCCGCAGUCGUUCCCGGCGUGCCAGCGAUUCCAGACAACGUCGGAGUCGUGUGAACGAGCGCAGCACGCCACGGGACAACGGCAGGCUACGUGAGAUGGAGCGUCAGGUAGAACAGGAGCGCGAACGUCUAUAUCUCCUGCAGGACCAAUUACACAGAGAGCGAAGCCGUGUCCAACGAAGUGUGAGUAAUCAACGAGAAAUUUAUACCCCUAAUGAACCAUCGUCGCGAAGACGAGAGCGGAGCCCUUUAGAAUAUGAUGAAGGUCCCGAGAGACAAAGAAGACGGUUAGAACAAAAUGACAAGCAGCAAAAACCAAUUAAUAGUUCUUCAUUUUCGGCUAAUGAUUUUAUAAAUAUUCUUAACUCGCUCAAAACUAUACCGUCACAGCCAUCGACAUCAGCCGCACUUUCUCAUUCGACAAAUAACCAUAAAAAUAUUUUGCCCGAUUUUGACCCGUCUUCGACAAAUCAAAGAAUUGACAUUUGGAUUAAAAAAGUGAAUGAGUGCGCUACUGUCUAUGGCUGGGACGAUAAGACAACGAUUCAUUUUGCUAUGCAGAAACUUCAGGGUUUAGCCAAAAUAUGGUACGAAAGUUUACCGUCCAUACUUUUUAGCUGGACAGAAUGGCAAAACAAAUUACUCAGUGCAUUUCCGUAUGAGAAAAACUAUGGCCAAACCCUGGAGGACAUGUUGAAAAGAAAAAGUAGAUUACAAGAACCAAUAGAGAUUUAUUUUUACGAAAAACUGGCUUUAUUGAACCAAUGCAACAUUGAUGGCAAAAAUGCUGUUGAUUGCAUAAUUCACGGCCUGACUGAUAGGACGAUGAAAUCUAGUGCGACUACAUUACGAUGUGAACAUCCAGAACAGUUGUUACAAUUCUUAAUGAGCAAUAAGGAUACGUCAUAUUCACAAAAUUUUGAUCGAUCUCAAAACAGGACUAGGACCAAUGAUUUAAAUUCAGCAGGUAGUUAUAACUCAAAUAAAGUGGGCUCUAGGAGUAACUUAGUUCAGAAUAACAGUAUAUUCUGCUACAACUGUAAAGAAAAGGGGCAUCCAUUUUUGAAAUGCCCCAAACCUAUCGUUAAGUGUGCUAAAUGUAAUAAAAUGGGUCAUAAGACUGAAAACUGUUUUACCAACAUCAAAGAUGCAAACAAAAGUGACAUCAUCCAAAAAACGAUGUGCAUUUCAAAUUCAAAUUUAAAUUCCAAAUUUUUUAAAGAGGUAUAUGUAAAUAAAAAUCCUGUUAAAAGUUUUGUUGAUUUUGGUAGUGAAGUUUCGCUUAUUAAGAAAUCGUUUGCGUCCGACCUAGGGUUAUCACAGAGCAAUGAGACAAUUGCCCUAAAAGGUUUCGGUAAUGAAAUAGUUCGUACUCUUGGCAGUGUUACGAUUGAUUUAUCAGUAGACGGAGUUGAGGGUAGUGUCAAAUGUCAAGUAGUUGAUGAUAAACUUUUAGAUCUACCUAUACUAAUUGGACAGUCCUUUACUGAACAAUCCCAUGUGGUCGUAUUCAAAAAUGCAGAUAGUCUUAGCUUUUUAAAUGUUGUCAGUGAAAUGCCGUUUCCCAAUAUUGACGUUGGUCAAGAGAUUUCAGUUAGAAUUAAAUCAGCAUCGACGGCUAAUAUUUACGGGUUGGUUAGCGCAAAGACUAUCACGGAACCGAGUGUCGAUGGGAGUAUUUUAGUAGAUAGCAAGAUCAUUGGUAAACCUUCAAGCCAGUUGGCUGUGUUGGGGGGUAUAUACCCUGUCAAGGAUGGAAUUGUUUAUUUAUUGGUUACUCCAAUAACAGAAUAUAUUGUUAUAAAAGAGGGGACGGUGAUUAGUCGGGGCAUACAAGUUAGAGUAGUUAAUCAUGUUAGGAAAUGUUUAGACGAAAAUAAUAAACCGACUAGACUUCUUACAAGUCAAAUUCGUGUAGGGGAUUCUAUUGGAGAAUCACAUAAAAAGCAUCUUUUGGAGAUUCUAAACAAAUACCAGCAUUGUUUUGCGUCGUCUUUGGGUGAACUAGGGUGUACCAAUAUUACAGAGAUGGUCAUAGAGGUUAAUAGUAAAAAACCAGUCGUUUAUCGGCCGUAUAGGUUAUCUCACAAAGAAAGGGAGACUGUCAGAGAGAUGAUAACUGAGAUGUUAGAUGCAGGUAUAAUCCGCGAGUCUGUCUCUGAAUACGCAAGCCCAAUUAUCUUAGUUCGUAAGAAAGAUGGUAAGAUGAGAAUGUGUGUUGACUACAGGAUGUUAAAUUCCGUGACAGUCAAAGAGCGUUACCCUAUGCCUAAUAUCGAGGAUGAAAUUGCACGUCUCUCCGGCCAAGCAUACUUUAUAACUCUUGAUUUAAUAUCUGGUUACUACCAGGUACCGAUUGCCGAACACUCGCGAUCGUUGACGUCAUUUGUCACACCAGACGGACAGUACGAAUUUAAUCGUAUGCCGUUCGGUUUGGCAAAUGCACCAGCUGUAUUUCAACGUAUGAUGCAUCGUGUUUUGGGUCCAGCCCGGUAUAAUGGCGCUACAUCAUAUAUUGAUGACGUUUUAAUAUAUGGAAGGACUGUGGAGGAAUGCCUAGCGCGGUUAGAGAAAGUAUUUCAUUUGCUGGAAACUGCAAAUUUAACUCUUAACCUAGCGAAGUGUGAAUUUCUGAUGGACAAAAUAGAUUACCUAGGCUACGAAAUAGGGGCCGCUGGAGUCCGGCCUGGUAAUAAAAAAAUCCAUUGCGUCCUUGAAUUUCCACGUCCCACAGACCAACACACGGUACGGCAAUUUUUAGGCUUAGUAGGAUAUUUCCGUAAAUUUAUUCGCAAUUUUGCAACACAUGCAUAUCCUUUGACAAAGCUGCUAACUAAGGAUGCUGUUUGGGCGUGGACACAUGAGCAGGAACAGGCAUUUGAAACUCUGAAAGCCAAACUAGUAGAAAGACCGAUUCUUGCCAUUUUUGAUUCCUCUGCAGAAACUGAACUACAUACAGAUGCUAGUAAACUAGGAGUUGGCGGUGUUUUACUGCAAAAAUCGCAUGACAGCGAUUCAUUUAAACCUGUAGCCUUCUAUAGCCGCAAGACUUCUCCCGAGGAGAGAAACUUUCACGCCUACGAGCUUGAAACAUUAGCUGUCAUAUGUUCUUUAAAAAAGUUCAGAGUAUAUUUACUAGGUCAAUCUUUUAAGAUAAUCACGGAUUGUAGUGCUCUCAGGUCAACAUUUUCUAAACGAGAUAUUCUUCCUCGGAUUGCACGAUGGUGGCUCCUUAUGCAAGAAUUUCAGUGCUCAGUCGAGUAUCGCCCAGGUAUUAAAAUGACACAUGUAGACGCUCUUUCUCGCAAUCCUGUGACUGACAGUGAAACUUCUCAUAUUUUAGAACAAUAUCCGACAGUGAUGAACAUUAGUACUCGUAGUGAUGAUUGGUUGCAUACUUUACAGUUAGGAGAUACAGAGUUAUGUAGGAUUCGUGACAUCUUGACCUCCAAUAUAGACGCUGAUGGGCUUAAGUACAUUAGAGAUAAUUACCUAAUAAAAGACAAUAAAUUGUAUAGGUAUUUCGAUGGGGAUCAAAACAACAUUCGAUGGGUGGUACCGAAGGGUGCAAGGUGGCAACUUUGUCAAAUGAAUCACGACGACAUAGGACAUUUUGGAACAGAAAAGACCUUAGAACGUUUACAAAAAUCUUACUGGUUUUCCAAAAUGUCAAGGUUUGUAAAGAAAUAUGUCAACGCUUGUAUUGAAUGUGCUUAUGCCAAGAAAAAUAAUUCGACGAAGGAAGGACAUUUACAUCCUAUUGUAAAAGUGGAAGUACCAUUUCACACGCUGCAUAUUGACCACCUUGGACCCUUCGUAAAGUCAAAAAGAGGUAACACUCAUCUUUUAGUCAUCAUAGAUGGUUUUACUAAGUUUGCGUUUACUAGGCCGGUACGCGACACAAAAACGCAAAGUGCUAUUAGAGUAUUAGAGGAUAUUUUUUGCUUGUUUCGUAUUCCAGACCGUAUUAUUAGUGACAGGGGAACGUGUUUCACGUCACAUGCGUUUAAAAGGUUUUGUCUUGAUAAAGGGAUAAAACACGUCCUAAACUCCGUCGCCAGUCCACGUUCAAACGGACAAGUGGAACGGUACAACCGUACAAUUUUAAAUUCCUUGACAGCUCAAAAUCUAAAUCGAGAUGAAAGAGAGUGGGAUGUUACGGUUGGCACAGUUCAGUGGGGCUUAAAUAAUACUUAUCAAAGACCAUAGGCAGGACACCCGCCGAACUAAUGUUUGGUACUAGGAUGAAUUCGGAGGUUAAUCCCAAAUUAAAUGACAUCAGACGAGAGACUCGUGAUUUAAGUGAUUUGACUUUCAUUAGAGAAAAUGCAAAAGAUAAAAUUGACUUAGAGCAGGCAAAACAAAAACAAAGGUAUGACAAAGGCAGGCGAUGUUCGCGAAUUUAUGGAGAAGGGGAUUUAGUUAGAAUUACUAAAACGACUUUUGCUAAUGACGGUAAAAGUAAAAAACUCCUGCCUGCGUACAUAGGUCCAUAUAGAGUUGUUUCAGUAUUAGGAAAUGACAGAUAUAGGGUAGCAGCUAUUCCAGGCCUUACGGAAUCAAAGAAUAAGCGGAAAACUACUGUGGCUGCCGACCGAAUGUUGCCUUGGAUCAAUACCGCCGCAUUAGCUGUUAAUGAAUCUGAUACAACCGAUAACGAGGAUGAUAUGACGGGUAAUGAUGAAAAUAUGAGCGAGAAUUAGGUAAUGAGGAUUUGUUAUAGACUAAUGUUUAACUAUUGUAUUAUUUAAAUAGUGUUUUAUGGUGUUAAAUUAAUUAUCUAAAUAACAUGUUAGGCUGAUGGAAAUAUUUUGAGUAGUAAUUUUUGGAAAUUACAGUGUUUAUAUGUAAUAAGAUAAUCUUUAUAUUUGUUAUUUGGACAUUUGAUAUAUAGGCAAAACUGCAAGAAUGGAUGGGUUUGUGGUUUUGUCAUGGGCCAUCAUGGUAACGAGAAUGGAUGGGUUCGUUACCUAAAUGGCAAGAUAGAUCCUGUUGCAAGAAUGGAUGGGUUUGUGGUUUUGUCAUGGGCCAUCAUGGUAACGAGAAUGGAUGGGUUCGUUACCUAAAUGGCAAGAUAGAUCCUGCUGCAAGAAUGGAUGGGUUUGUGGUUUUGUCAUGGGCCAUCAUGGUAACGAGAAUGGAUGGGUUCGUUACCUAAAUGGCAAGAUAGAUCCUGUUGCAAGAAUGGAUGGGUUUGCAAACAGGAAUAUUUUCUUUAAGUACUAUAAUGUUUACGCUGUGAGAAUUGAUGGGUUCACAGUAUUUGAUAAGAGAUUAACGAAAUUAGAAAAUGAAUAUAUAUGUAUAAUUAAGUGUACUUAAUUAAAUGAAAUUGUAUACUUAUAUAAAUACUGCUAUGUUUCAUAUUUCCAUUUAUUGUUUAUUUUUUUUUUUCUUCUUUCUUUUGUGUGCAUGAGGUCAUGCACUUGGUCAGGAUGGGCGAAUGUAAGAUUAUAUUAGUUUAUUAAAUUAUUAGAUAUACACUUGAAUUUUUAUGAUAUACAACUUAAAUGUAUUUCAUCAAUUCAUUUUAGUUUUUAUUACACUGGCAAUGUAUUGUUUUGUUAGUAAUGAUUUUUCAUACAGGGAACACUAAAGGUUUUUAAAAGGCGGGUAUUCGAUAAUUUGGGGGCAUUCUUCUCUUCGCAUUAAAGCAAUAGAGUGCAUUGCUCGCGUAAGCGUGGAUUUUGAUAUUAAUUGAAAAUUACAUUGUGUCAUUGUAUUGUGUAUUACAAAGUAAAGUGUUUGGAGAAAACUGUGGCUCCAGUGAAGAAAAUAAAGGUGUUUAAACUAAAGCGUGUUUUCUUACACUAUGUUUAUCAAUAACUUAGAUUGUG